GUGCAGUAAUCCCGUUAGCCGCGGGCGGCCGGUGUGGAGAUCUCAGCAGACCUGUGCCAGCUGCGCCGCACUCUGGACCUCUACGCCAGCGGCAUGCAGAACCCCCUGUAGACACACAGGAUGUUUAACUGGGUGGUGAAAGUGGCCCCACAACCCCCUGAAGCUCCUGGAACAGACGACGCCGCCAAGACCCCCGCCGGCGGUUCAACAGGGAAGCAACCUCCACAGAAAAACUCGGACGAGAAUUCAGAGGACAGCCAGGCCCAGGAGGGAGUUUUAGGCUGGCUGUCCAAUGGGUUCGUCAGUGCCUUGCCUCGACCUUCGGCUUCCCCUCGACUCAGCAGGUCCACCUCUGACGCCAAGCCAGGAGAGGAUGGAGAAAGGUCUGGAGUGAUAGGUUGGGUGACUCAGGGUCUGACCAAGCUGUUGCCUCAGCCUGAGGAGAAGUACAAGGAGGCGGAAAACAAUGACGAACCCACCGAGAUCUAUGAAGUCGAAACGAUGCCUGAUUUUGAUCCCCUCCCACACAUCCCAGUGGUGGAGAUUUUGUCGGAGGACGAGUCGGAGGUGGAGACGCCUCAGUUCCCUCCAAACGUGGUGACGUGGAUAAAUCGGAUGGUCCCUCAACCAAUUUUACUGUCCCCUGGUGCCGUACCCAUUGAGCCAUCAAGCAGGGCAUCCCAUUCCUCACUGGACAAAAGUACAUACACUCUGUGGCAAUUUUUGUCUCCACCACCCGAGUCCCUCAGUGGAAUCUCACUGGAUACUGACAGCAAGGCCUCAGCUGUGGUUGGCUGGUUCGUGUCAGGACUCGGCCUGAAGAUGCCUCAGCCUGCACUUCCAUCCAGAGAUAAUGCUGAGAGUGCGACUGAAGUUCUACAGAAAGCUUCAUCCAAACUCAGACUUGACCUGGUCCUCGAAGACGUGGACUCGGACAACGAGGACGAGCAUAAACUCCAAGAUCAGUCCAGAGCUGCAGCGCUGACUCGGGAAGUGACACAGCCGGCACAGGCCGACCCGCAGCCAGAAUCCCCAGACAGUGUGGGAAGGUCUCAAGAAGACGCCGAGACCCAGAGGGGCCGCUGGACGCCCUUCAUCGAAAACAUCAAGAAGAAGGCCGAAGGUGCUGCUUUUGCUAACAUGGAGGAACGUCUGCUACAGGAGCGCGUGGACGUGGCACGGAUUGCUGAGGAGGUGGCCAGAGAGACGGCUGAGACGGCCAUCAGACAGAGGACCAGUGAGGGGCACUCCAUUAAUUUAUCACUGGGGAGUAAAGGACUGCUGCAAGAGGAGCCUGAAGUCGAGCUGCCAGUGGAACAAGAAGAGGAGAGCGAAGUUGACCAAUUCACAGAGUAAGAAUACUUAUAUGCAGCCUUAAAAUCCUUUGUAGGACCCUUGACUUACUUUGUCUUUCCCUUGUAAUAGUGCUUUUGUGCCUUGAAAUAGUUUUUAUAUCAUUGUAAUUAUAUAUUAACAAAGUUCUAAACUUAAAAACUAUCCUGAUGACUUGAAGAGGAAACAUCACUGUCUCGAGUAACUUGUUGAGCAGAUGAUGAAAGUUUAGCAAGUGACUCAGUGUUGGAUGAAGUAUUCAGAUCCUAUAUUUAGGUAAAAUAAUCAACUCCCUUGUUGUUUGAUUGACAACUAGCGGUAGAGCUGAUUUAAAUGACUGGGUUCCCCAAAAGUACUGUUGGGUAGUUCAAACAAUAACAAUGCAUCUUUUGUUUAAAUGUGUAUAGCUCAGACUAUCAGAUGAAUUAAGAUGAGUGAAGUUGGUGCAAGCAUGAGUACAAGCAGCUGCAUGACAUGAUCCUGAAGCGGGCCACUAAGGCGUGCAGGUAGACCUGCUGUCUCAGGCUACCGCAUGGAUCCUGGUCCCAGUCCGAUCCAGCAGUCAUUUGCCUGACAGCGCCCAAAUCCUGUGGGUUCUCGUUAUGUGAUCUUUGCCGCGCUCUGCCUCGGCAUCGCACUGCCGUGUCAUAGCAACGGCAGCUUCCCUUGGAAACGAAACGGUUACCCCGGUAACAGCGUGCACCUGCUGCUGCUGUUUCACUUCUGGAGACGCACGCAGAGAAAACGAUGGUCGGAAAUGUAUUGGGACAUUUGUCUACGAUGUUGUUUUUCUAAAAUGUUCCGAAAUCUCCCGGUAUGGUUUUAACGACCUCACAGCCGAGUUUGUGCCGCUUAUUGCGUCUCAACGCUCGUGGACAUUUUGUGUCUCAGCUGCUAACGAUAAACGCGCGUGAAUACUGACAGAGAAAGUGAGUAUACCUCGCGAUGACGUUGUGUUUAUGUUUUAGGCUAACAUAGGUAAUUCAAUAAAUAACGUUGUUGUUUUACACUAACUUUGUGAUGCAAUAAGCGUCACGGGCUAUUUGUAACCAAGUCAGGCCGCGUUGUAGUACCCCAGAUAGCAAAAAACAUCGGCACGGCUUCUAUUUCCCGCCGGCGCUAAGCUGUCGGCUAUAGGUGCGUCCCGCUGGCGGGGAGACGACAAAGGUAGCUUAGCGUAGCACAGAGAAUAUAGAGGGAGGGUGAACAGCUUGCUCGGUUGUCUUCUCUCUUUAAUUGGCAGUUGAAUCAUGUUUAUCAUUUCCUCAUCCUGUUUGAAAAAGUAUUUAAAAAAAGAUGUCAAUGUUGUCUUUAUUUUUUUCAAACCUCAAUGUUUUAUUUAUUUUGCCUUUAUCAGUUAGGUAUUAAUUAGCAACCUGUUGAAAUGUUUGAGACAUUUUAAAAGUCCCUGAAAAAAAGAAAUAAAAUCCAAGCACAUUAUAAAUGUUAUUGAUACGACGCAUAGAAGGAACUGCAGUGUUUUUUGUGUUCAGAAGUCUUUCGGGCGGGGCUAAGACGGUGGUGACUUUUCCCCAAAACAAGGUUUGCCUUUUCCCCCCACAGGUUAUACUGUUACUACGCAUGCGCAAGGGUUUGGGUAUGUGCGCGACUGUCAGUGGAACAGCUAGCUAGCAAAACAACCCAGCCCGCCAGAACGGAAGUGGAUUGCAUAAAUGGGCGGAGUUUAGGAUGUAGAGCGGAAACGACUCAUAAACUUGUCCAUAGGCCUACAUUUUUCCCGGCUUGUUGAGAAGCAGAUGAUUGGCUUUCCCGCGGGAGGGGCGGGACAUGAAGCAGAUGAUUGGCUUUCCCGCGGGAGGGGCGGGACAUGAAGUAGAUGAUUGGCUUUCCAGCGGAAGGGGCGGGACAUGUGCAUACAGUCGCCAUCUUUACCGUUACGUAUUUUUCUUAAAAACACGUGUUGAAGUGGCGUGUCUCCUACUUGGUUCUACUCGAAGUUGCUACAGCCUGGAGUCUGAAGUCAUCGACGUCGACUCCCAUCGUUUAGAUGCUGUUUGCCAUUGUUCAGUUUAUCGACGAGGAGGAUCUGCCAUUUGCAGUGGUUCCCAAUCUGUGGCUCAGCGGGGCCAUAUGCUAUUGGCCCCCAUUUACCCUCCGCAAGUAAGACAAAGGCAACAAUUUAGCCAUCCGUUGCACGCCUCCACACAGCACCUGGGAAAAACAUAAUUUUAAGUUCAUGAAGGGAGCAGAAUCUUGGCAAGAGGCGAAAAGAUAUUUGGAGCGCUUCCAAACAGGUUCCAGCGUUGAAAAAACAACAGACGACAACAAGAAGAGAAAGCGAAAGAGAAUCUUAAAUUCCAAGCACCGACCCCAGGCCUCUUCUGACGAAGAGGAGUCUACUCUUCCGGAUGCACUAGCUGUGCUGAGUUUUGAAAAAAGUGUUCCCGGUAACAAGUUUUCCGUGCUGCCCGAUACUCCAGAAGUUUCAUUCGGGCUAGAAAACCAGGAAAACGUUGAGCCAUCUGUAGACUUCAGAGCUGCACAAUGUUUCUUGUCCACUUCUAAGAGCCAAGAGUUUGAGUACAAGAGAAAGUCAACACUCAGUAAUGGGCCCUUGGACUCCCUGGAAAUCACGUGUACAGCAAGUUUCCAACACCGAAGGGGCCAUACGGAAGAAUCCGGCAACCCAGGAUGCCACUGAUGAGGCGGUCCAGGUUAAUGUAAUGCGUUACCUGAAAGGAGCAUCUGACCGCGAAGGUGGAAAAAGGCGCCGCACAACAGAGAGGGACCCGCAGCCGACUCCUCAAACCUAGGAUGUCUAGACUACUGACACCCCAGCAUGUUCUAUUCUGUGACAAAGGGUAAAAACCAGACGAGGCAGCUUACUGGCUGUUGGCGGUGUUGCCACACGAAGACGACAGAACUGUGCCAGUGCACCAUAAGCCUGAUUAGCUGGACUCACUUCCUCGCCGCAAGAAGAGCUCUAGCCUCAGCCUUCGUCCAGCUGUCAACGUAGAGGAUGUUGACUCGGAACAUGAGAAAGGAGGGGAAGGAGGGGCAGCUGGGGAGGAACAGAGCAUCGUCCCCAAAAGCCUCCCCCCUCAGGACCCCAAACUUACAACCCUCACCGUCCCUGUGACCCCGUCCGGAGGUUGUCAAAGGUAUGAAAUACUUCUUCUGUUUUACCGAGAGGUUUACACUGUUUAUUUAGUGAACACUAGCCGGGGAUCAUGCUGUAAAUACAUUCAGGGGCUGAGUUUAGGCAUCAACAGUUCAUUUAGGCUGUGCAUUACACCACUUUCAAUCUUUUCCUCUCCCCUCCCAGAUAAAGAGUAAGAAAACUGCAUAGAUCGGUUGAGUUGUAGUGCGUGUAAUCUUCUUUCAACAGUCAUUAUUGUUUUUCUCCAGUAAAACCACACAUAAGCAUGUUAUUUGAAGUAUGUCAAGGUGCAAUCUUCUCUGUGGGCAAAGGGGAGAGUUUUCAACCAAAAUGAGAUUUUAUAGAAUAUUGGUAUCGGUGGCAUAACGCAAGAAUGUCAUUGAAAUCAAACAUUCCUUUUGAAAUGUAAAUGAUUCUAGUGACAAAGAAUUGUGUCUAUCGUUUAUGGCAGGGGUCUUCAACGUUUUUCAGGCCAAGGCCCCCCAAACUGAUGAUAGAGAAGGGACCCCCUACUAUAUAAAUUACAUAAAAUUGUGUUUAUUAUAUACUGGGCCUAGUGCCAUAUAAACAUAGCUACCCUGUUAUUGUGCAUUCAAUACUAAGCUAUUCAAAUAAGACACAGGUUAAUAUAUUCAUUAAGAUUUUUAUUUUUUAACAUUGAAUUUAACAUUUAACAACAUGAAAGGUAUAGUGUGGCCGUGCCACUGCCAUUUAAAAACAUACAUCUUGCAUACAACUCUGAGCUAAAUAUUAAUAACAACUUAUUAAAAUAUUUCACAUAUUUGUUUUUAGUUUAACAUACAUAAAGAAGCGACAGUGAAUCCUCAAGCAUCUGUAGAUGGCACACAUACUUCCACAUUAGUGAGCUGUCUGACCCUGAUGUGUAGCGCACAACUUAACUAACCUCGGACGGAUGGACGUUGUCAGGCAGAGGGUCAUAUCAGCCUCAGGCUGCAGCCUUGACCUGUAUUUGUUUUUCAGGUAGGUGAGUAAGGAAAAUCCACUUUCGGAAAGAUAAGUUGUUGCAAAGGGCAAAAGGCUCAUCAUUGCUUUUGAUGCCAAUUGUGGAAAGUCUUUCUGGCAAGAGAUCCAUUCGAUCAGCUGAUCCUCCUCUGUCACUGUCAGCCGUGUGCCGUCUGCUGCGUUGUCUCUGAAUGGAAACUGUAUCCAUGCCUUGUCCCAGCGCCAGGAGUCAGCCUCAGAAAAGUAGUUCCCAAAUUGUCCUUCAAGCGCCUCGAAGUGCGCAACAAUUGCGCGUGUUACGGGAGGCGAGAGCACAGCAGAAUCCCCCAGCUCAUCCACUGACAGAAACAUG